AUGAUUAAAUGUCCUGACUGUCAUAGACUUAUCAAACGUUAUAAAAGAGAUUCGCACCAUUGUGGCAUGACAAAAUGCUUAAUAUGUAAAGAGUACACUCGACCCGGCGACCAUCGGUGUUACAUGCAGCCCGUGGGAAAACGAAACGAAGGUUUAUCGGACAGUGACGAUUCGUCUGAGCACCCUGAGGAUGAUGUUACGGAAGGCGGGUAUGACCAAAUGUUAUUCUUUGAUUUCGAGUGUCGUCAGGAAAAUGGAAAUCAUGAACCCAAUUUAUGUGUGAUUCAGAACGAAGCCGGUGACGAAUGGGUAUUUGAAGGGGAUAACACACGGAACGAGUUUUGUGAAUGGUUAUUUCAAAAGGAACGGGCAAAUUGUGUGGUGAUGGCUCACAAUUUCCAGGGGUACGACAGUUACUUUAUUCUCCAGUACUUACGGGAGAACGGUGUCAAGUACGAUGUCAUCAUGCGCGGGGCCAAAGUCCUUUCCUUAUCCGUGGACAUGUUCAAGAUAAAAUUUAUCGACUCCUUGAACUUUAUCCCGAUGAGAUUAGCAGAUUUUCCAAAAACCUUUGGUAUCGACGAACUCGCAAAAGGGUACUUUCCGCAUCUUUUCAACAAGAAAGAAAAUGAAAAUUAUGUGGGACCGAUCCCACCCACUCCCUACUACAACCCGAACGGAAUGAGUCCAACGGCCAAAGAAAAGUUUUUAGAUUGGCAUAGAAAUUUGAAGGACAACGAAUACGUGUUCAACUUCAAAGAGGAAAUUCUUGCUUAUUGUCGUUCCAAUGUGGAUAUUCUACGGCGUUGUUGCUUGGAGUUUCGCGAACUGUUCCGUAACGUCACCGACAUCGAUCCCUUUGAGAAAUGCCUUACCAUUGCGUCCGCGUGUAAUCUAGUGUAUCGGACCAAUUACCUUGAAGAGAACACCAUUGCCAUCAUCCCACCACGCGGUUAUUGUCCCGAGAACGUCCAGUCCCUUCUUGCCCAAAAAUGGUUGUCGUAUACGGCCGAACGAAACGAAAUUGACAUACAGCAUAAUCGUAAUGGAGGAGAGAAGCGUGUUGGUCGGUAUUUGCUGAACGGUUAUCACGAAGAAACCCACGGCCUAUGA